AUGCCCCGUCGAUUACGAUCAGAUCGCAAUCCACAGGAUACCCGCAAUAUCGAAGCGAAAGUUGACCAUGACCACCAGGAAAGCAUCCAACUCGACCAACCAGUGCGAUUCCUCGCAUCAACACCAACACCCUCCCCACUCUCUCUUCUCCGCACCUCGUCUCGCCUACCCGGCAUAACGAGCGCUGACCUCCGAAUCCUGCGCACGAAACAACGUCGUUUGCAGCGCUCCGCUGCUCUGACACUACAAGCCACUCGCGAGCUUGGCCCAUGGGCAGUCCAAGGACUAGCAUCGACACUGAUCUUCGCCCAGCACGAAGCCGGGACAGCGGUCUGCAUAGACCCGCGCGGGUGGAUGCUAACCUGCGCGCAUUGCUUCGGCGAGUCAGCACAGGAAUGGCGGGCUCACCGUCGCAAAUGGCUUCUGUGUUAUACGGGGCUAGCAGUGCAAGUUGAAUGUGUAGUUUGGGAUGCGCGCCGCGAUCUCGCUCUAGCGAGGGUAGGCUGCAUCGAAACACCCGCAGAGCUCGGUGAUAGUCGCGGCGCAGUGCCAGUGACUCCCAUUUUCGCAUAUACUCCCCUGUCCAGGUCACAGUCAACUACGGCCCCGAUUAUCUGCAUCGGACAACCCGGAGCCGACGAUCUCGAAUCCGCCGCGCCCCGCAGAACCGCGUACGAUCUCGUGGAAAUCUCCGAGGGUCGGUUAUGUGGUAUGAUCCCUGACGUGGAUCCACAGGAUAACUCUGAGAUUGGGACGCUGAAACACAAUGCGUGGACAUACUGGGGACACUCGGGCGCACCGCUGCUGCGAAGAGGAGAUGGGAGUUUGCUGGGUCUGCAUUCUUCCUGGGAUGACCACACCGCGAUGCGUCAUGGUGUGCCACUGGUUGCGAUCAAGGCAUUUCUCGAUGCACACCUCCCCAAAGACGAAGUUGACCUUCCAGGAUCUGUUGAGUCCGCUCGGAGUCUAGAAACUAAAGAACCCGAAAUCAUCGUGAUAGAUAGCUCUGAUUGA